AUGCCCACCAUCUACUCCUCCCUCUACCAGAGUUUCAUCCGUCAAGGAUUCGCGAAAUCUUUCACAAACGGCUACGCCCAGUCCGUCGUAGCUGCCACACAUCCCAUCCUCAACACCCAGAACCGGCCCUCAUUCGCCCGCCGGAACACCAACCGCUUCGGUCGUCUUCAGUCUUUCCAGCUCCAGUCCGCCUUCCACCACGAGCGGACAACCACCGGUCUUCCCGAGCAUCGCCACGAGAAGCUCACCAGCCAGCAUGGAAGCUUAGACGCGUACUUUGAGGCCCUGCAGAAACAGCAGGAGCAGGCCUCCGAGGAGGAUCUCGAGAAGGAAUGGAGCCAGUUCCAGUUCCAGAGGCAGAUUGAAUGGAAGCCCGAGCCAGAGGCUGUUCUUGCCGCUGAGCCCAAGGCCCUCGAUAUCGAGGACGCUGCCGAGGAUGCAGAGGCACUAUCCGACAUUCCACCAGAGGCUCAGGCCGCCCUGGCUGAGAUUGAUGCGGCACUAGAGAGAGAGAUCGAACACAGGAACCGCUUGGAGGCUUUGGAAGAGGCUUCCGAGCACUCCGUCCGAUCAGCCUCUCCCGCCAUCCGCUCAUACCACUCCCCGGCCGUCGACCCCUCGAGGACACCGUUCAGCAUCCGCACCGCUACCCCUCCCGUGCACCCGCAAUCUCAGGUUUACGCCGACCACUUGCACCACCUCUCCGAGGAUGGCCGCUACUCUGAGAUCCCGGCCGUCUUCGAGGCCAUGCUGGUCGCCGGCGUGCCCCCUAUUGCCAGUGCCUACAACGCCCUGUUGAUGGCCGCCAUUCACCUGCCCAACGCCAAGAAUGAGAUGGUUUCCAAGGCAUUGGACGUGUACGCUGAUAUGCUCCGCCGCAAGGUGGUUCCCGACAGCGACACUUACAACAUCUUGGUCGGCCUUCUCGCGGCCCGUUCUCUCGAGGUCGCUGCUCUGAAGAAAUCCCUCGACGAGAAGCGCGUUCGUUUUGGUGGCAUGGACGAGCCUGGCAAGUUCAUGUUUGCAUCCCACGAGCUCGAGCAUGCCAUCCUUUCUGAGGACGACAGGCUGGGUCUUGCUAUGGAGAUGUUUGAGAAGUCCGUCCUCACCCAGAGGGCGUCCUACUCGGCUGAGUCUUACCACCAGCUGAUCUCUGCCUGUGCUCAGGCCGGACGUGUCGAUGACAUGCUCCGCCUGUACGAGCACAUGGAGCUGAACCGCGUCACUCCUUUUGCUGCCAUGUUCCCCGCCAUGAUCACCGCAUUCGCCAAUGCCGGUGACCUGGUCAGCGCUGUCGAGUGCUACAAUGAGUACAAGGACCUCGCCAUUGCUAACGACAAGGGCGAGCCCUCUCUCAACGACAGACUCGACGCCGAGGUUUACGCCGCAGUAAUUCACGCCUACAUCAUUUCCGACAAGGUCGAGGGCGCCAUGAAGUUCUACGAGAAGAUCAUCACAGAGUACGAGGUUCGCGCUGGUGACAUCAAGGAUGCCAUUGUCAGCUCUGGUUUCGUCAAAGCCUUCACUGAGCGUGGCAUCUUCAACGAGGCCCUUCGCUGGGCUCAGGUUGUCGAGGCCGAAGUGAGAGCUGAGCCGAUGAGCAAUCUGGCAACCCGCGCUGCUGACGUCGGUGACAAGCUCACUGCCAUUGCGGCGUUUGCCAACCUGCCCAUCAACUUCCAGCCCGUCGCCACCCCCGCCAUGGCACUUUUGGCUCUCAGCGUUCGUGAGGGCGAUGUCGCUUCUGCGGCCCGCUACUGGGGCAUCCUGUGCAAUCCUGAGACCCCUGUCACCGCCGCCCUUAUCGAGCCCACCGCCAUGUUUGCCAUCGCAAUGAUUGGCUCCGGCCAGGUCGCUGAGGGUCUGUCUCAAUCGGAGAUGAUGUUCCAGAGAAUUCGCGCAGUUAGCCCGGAGCACGCUGACGAGGUCGAGGAGGGUGUUGAUUUUAUCCACCGAUUCAUGACCAGCCGCGGUAUCGCGGACCCUCGUGAGAUCGCUUCCCAGGUUAACUCCGCUUCUCCCUUCGCAUCCACCGCCACUGUCUCCAGCUUCGAGGAUUCGUUCGACCCGUAUGCGCACAACACCGACUUCAAGGGCUCUUCGCUUAUCUCUGAUGAACUGGAGGGCGCGCACGGUCGCAAGGGUCCCAGGCUCCAUGAUGCUCUCACCCGGUUCCGCAACAUGCGCCGUGCUGGCCGUCACCCCCGCUACAUCACCUACGCCAAGUUGAUCUCCGCCGCCGCACGUGACAGCAAGAUGGAGCUGUGCAACGAUAUCCUCGCCAUGGCCCGCACCGACGUUCCUCUCCUGCCCCAGUACGCUGUCGUUCGCUACGGCUGGUCUUCCAUCCUGGACGCUAUGGUUGGUGCUUGCCUGACGAUGGGCAACCGCCAGAUGGCCGAGCAGUACCACCAGGAGCUGCUCGCCAUGGGUGCUGCCCCCUCUGCCAACACUUUCGGUCUGUACAUCACCACCCUCAAGGAGUCCGCCAAGACUUUCGACGAGGCUUCCGAGGCUGUCAAGAUCUUCCACCGCGCCAAGGCCGAGGGUGUCGAGCCCAGCUCUUUCUUGUACAACGCUCUGAUUGGCAAGUUGGGCAAGGCUCGCCGCAUUGACGACUGCCUGUUCUACUUUGCUGAAAUGCGCGCUCUUGGAAUCAAGCCCACCUCUGUCACCUACGGAACCAUUGUCAACGCCCUCUGCCGUGUGAGCGAUGAGAAGUUUGCCGAGGAGCUGUUCGACGAGAUGGAGGCCAUGCCCAACUACAAGGCUCGCCCCGCUCCCUACAACAGCAUGAUGCAGUUCUUCCUGACCACCAAGCGCGACAAGUCUAAGGUCCUUGCCUACUACGAGCGCAUGAAGACCAAGGGUAUUGCGCCUACCGCGCACACCUUCAAGCUGCUUGUUGACACCCACGCUACACUGGAGCCCGUUGACAUGGCCGCGGCCGAGGCUGUUCUCGACGCCAUCCGCGCUUCCGGCCAGAAGCCCGAGCCCGUCCACUUCGCCGCCUUGAUCCACGCCCGCGGCUGCAAUCUCCACGACAUGGAGGGUGCCCGCAAGGUGUUCGACUCCGUCAUGGCCGACCGUUCCGUCUCCGUCAACGCCAGCCUCUUCCAGGCUCUAUUCGAGGCCAUGGUUGCCAACCACAAGGUUGCCGACACCGAGGCAGUUCUCGGACAGAUGCGCCGCCGCGGUGUGGAGAUGACCCCGUACAUUGCCAACACCCUGAUCCACGGCUGGGCUGCUGAGAAGAACAUCGACAAGGCUCAGUCCAUCUACGACUCCGUCGUCCACGACAAGCGCGAACCCAGCACGUACGAGGCCAUGACCCGCGCCUUCCUCGCUGUCGAGGAGCGCGAGAAGGCCAAGGGCGUCGUUGGUGAGAUGCUCUGCCGCGGCUACCCCAGCGCCGUUGUCAACAAGGUGCUCGAGCUUCUCGGCGGUGGCGGCGGUGAGGAAGCUGUCGUCCAAAACUAA